AUGCCAUCACUUGCAGGAAUACCAAUAACUUCCAACGGGCUAGGUCUCAUGAGAUUAACCCAACCCGGCCACCAACUCCCCGACAAACAAACCUUCGCCGUCCUCAAAGCCGCCCUAGCGGCCGGCGUAAACGUCUGGAACGGCGCAGACUUCUACGGCCCCCCCUCCAACAACUCCCUCCACCUCAUGAACCGCUACUUCAGCGCUCACCCCGAGGACGCCACCAAGGUAGUCUUCAGCCUCAAAACCGGCGUUGUCGACAUCCGCACCUUCAAAAUGGACGUCUCGCCCUCCUUCCUACGUGAAUCCCUCUCCACCGCCCUACAAAUCUUGGACGGCAAGAAGAAAAUCGACCUCUUCGGCCCCUGCCGCGCACCUCCCACACCAGACGUCACGAUCGAGGACUCGGUGCUCGCGUGCGCUGAGUCCGUGAAAGAGGGGAAGAUAGGGGGCAUCCAGCUCUCUGAAGUGGGAAGCGAGACGAUUCGACGAGCGGCGAAGGCAGCGAAGAUUGAGAUGGUGGAGGUUGAAGCUUCGUUGUGGUCCACGGAGAUCUUCUCGAAUGGGGUGGUGGAAACGUGUGCGGAGUUGGGGAUCGUGAUUGAGGCGCAUACACCGCUUGGAGCGGGCAUGUUGACGGGGAAGAUUAGGAGGGUGGAGGAUAUGGGGGAGGAUCACCAUAAGUAUUUUCCGAGGUGGCAAGGGGAGAACUUUCAGAAGAAUUUAUUGUUGGUGAAAGAGUUGGAGAAGUUGGCUGAGAAGAAAGGCUGUACGACUGCGCAGCUGGCGUUGAGUUGGUUGAAGAGGGGGAAUGGGAAGGUGGGGUCUGCGUGGAUCGUUCCAAUUUUCGGGGCCAGGAGUGAGGAGAGGAUUAAGGAGAACUGUAUGGACGUCGAGUUUAGUGAUGAUGAAUUGUCUGAGAUCAGCAAGAUCUUGGAAAGCUUCCCGGUUGUCGGUACUCGGUAUCCUGAGCCGGGAAUGAAGUUUGUCGAGUUUUGA